GCGGAGAGCGAAGUCCAAAGCCGGCUGCGGCUUCGGAAACAAACGGUCUUUGAGAAACUGCAUGCUGUUUUGCUUGGCCUCCCGCCACCGAUCGUCGUGUCUGUGGAGCCUCCGGAGUUCGCUCUGCCUCUCGACGCCUUGCUUUUCUCCCCCACUUCCGCCCAUACGCACCUGCGAUUCCCUAGAGCUGACGGGCAUCCUCUGCUUCUCCGACAAAUCUUCCUCCACGUUCCGCUGUCUAGACGCGAACAAAGGUGGAUCGACGCGCUCCACAGCGAGAUGAAGAAACAGUUUAGGCCGCCGCUUUCGGAGACAAGUGCUCGCGAUAUGUUGAAGAGCGACGCUUGGAAACGCGAGGACGCAGCCGAGCUAGUCCCUCGCGACGGUGCAGACGAGCUCGAAGCUCUGCUUCUGUUGGCCGAAUCCGAUAAUCUGGAGAGAGAGAGCGAGAAGGAGGCAGGGAAGAGUCGCGGGGGCUCAAGGAGCAAGAAGCCGGAGAAGACGUCGUCUCCGAGUCGUUACCCCACUGUGCUGGAGCCUGUGCUUCUCCGAGUUUUGUGGCUGAUGUAUCGGAAUCAAUCGAGGAAGUUUCCGCCUCCGUCUCCUCCUGUAGAGAUCUGUGGGCGUCGAGCUUCUUCGAGGCUGGGAAGUCUGUCGACAAGAGCUUCUUUCCACGGUUCUUCAGAAGGCUCAACAGAGGGGAGCGCUGAGGGACGUCUGUCGAGUGGACGCGCUUCGAGAGGUGCGUCCGGCAAGCGCCUCUCCUUUCUCGAAGGCGAGGAAGAGACCGAGCAAGAGACCGCGCGGGCACUGCAUGCAGACGAGAAGGACGAGAAGGGACGAUUCCUCGACUCGGGAAUGACAGAGGAAGAAGAGCAGGAGGAAGCUGAGGAGCUGGCGAAGGCAGCUGCCCAACAUGUCGGGAAGAUGGUGGCGUUUCGUCGAGAGAUGUUUCCGCUUGCAGACACAGACCCGAAUCUGAAAGAAGACCUCGAGAAAGGUGUGUUGUACUGGUGCGGCCGCGGCUCGGGGAUGCGCCCGCUGCUGGUUUUGUCUCUUCAGCGACUCGACGCGCCUCUCCUGGACCUCCCUCGCUUUCUCCGGCUCCUCAUCUUCGUAUUCGAGUGGGGACUCAGGUUCCUCAUGGUCCCGGGCAAAGUCGAAACGUGCCUCGUCUUGCUGGAUCUGCGCGAAGUCUCGCUCUGGAAGUUGCCCUACGCAUGCAUGCAGACGCUGGUGCAGACGCUGACGGUUCAGUAUCCGUUCCGCCUGCGAAAGAUGUUCGUCUUGCACAACUCGCGGCUGAUUGACGGUCUCUGGAGCGUCGCCAAGGGAUUUCUCACUGAUGUGCAGCAAGCAAAGAUCGCGACCUUCAAAGUUGACCGAGACAAGAACUCGCUCGAGCUGACGCGCGAACUGGGGAAGCUCGUCCCCGCCUCCCAACUCGAGAGGAAAUUCGGCGGAGAACGACCGGAUGCAGUCCGCUUCUAUCCCUUCCCCAUCGCCACUCCAGAACCUCUCCCUCGAAAAACCAAGUCCGGGACCGCCGAAAAGGUACUCGUCGAUAAGCCGAUGCCGGGAUGCUGGAAGGCUGCAGAUCUCGUCACUGCCUUCGGGGCUAUUUGGGAGGCAGACUGUCGAGUUCCCGUUCAGUGGCGUUCCUCGGCCGCUGCAGCGAUUCUUCGAGAUCCUCUGUCAAGGAGACAAAUCCAUCCACGACGUUUGUCUUCUGUGGCUUCCAGUGGAGAAGCAGGUCCCGCGGGCGACUCUAGUCACUAGAGACCCGGGAGAGGAAAAGAGGAGAAAAACGAGAAGCGAACAGAGAAGAAAGGCGGUCGCGACGUUCGCAGGUGAUGCCGUCUUCAGUUCCAAGGAAGAGAGGCACGGGAGAGACGUCUGCCUCUGACUCUCUAAAACUGUCUACGAUGUUCUUCUCUCCACACACAUAUAAAUAAAUGUAAACUUAUAUGUGCUUCUGUUUAUGGUGUUUCAAUUUAGGGAUGUAUGGGUAUUUUUGAGGAAACGAAAGUCGAGGAGACGCACUCUGCAUGCGUUUUUUCGCCGAUUCGCAAGCGAAAGGCUCGAGAGUCGUUUAUGCUUUCGUGAAAGCUUGUAUGCUCGCCUGAAGCUCCUGUGCGCGCGGCGCAUGCGGCGAGAGAGGAGGACUUUUCCCCCUAGCUUUCGUCUUUUGUGGAGGGGAGGCUUUGCGUUUCUAGGAUUUCGGACAGCCGGACGGCGCGAGCCUGAAGGCGUCGGUGGCUGUGCGGUAGUGAAUGCAGGCAUGCGUUUGCCUGUUCUCAUUCGUGAUGGCGCAGUGCGUGCUUGGCGAGGGCAGGAUGUUUCUCUGCAUGUACGCAUGCCUAGGUUUGUUUUUUGCAUUCUCGCAUUCCCUUGUGAGUGGAUUUCCACGCAUUCACGGGGACUUCUUUUCCUUUGCCAAGGAAACGAGUGGAGCGCCUGCUUUUUUCCGAGAGGACCGCGGGUGGUUGUUAAUCCUUUCCCAGACGUUUGAGGAGAGUGCCGUCGGCUUGCGACGACUUGUGUUGGAGUUGCGCGGAAGGUCGUGAUCUCUUUUUCCGCGAAGGAGAGUGUCGUAGGUGAGACAUUCUCCUGAAUAGUUUCGCUAGCCAAGAGCUGAAGGAACUUCGUUUUGGAGAACGGGUGUGAUACUGUUGUCGACAGAAGACCGCCUGGAAGAAGCUUCACACACAAAA